CGUGGAAGCGGCGGCUCUUUGGUCCCCUGAAUGUUCUAUUCGUUGUCCACCACGACCUCUGUCAGCCCAUCGGCAUCUUACAGUAUGGCUCGCUUCGUUAUUUCGCUGUCCUUUGCGGCCCUUGUCCUCGGCGUCCUUCUUGUUUCUCCCGUGGCGCAUGCGCAGAACCAAGCGAGUGAGAAGCAGCUGGAUCCGAAUGCGCAGUGCGACCAGACGACUCGAGACCAGAUCACAUCGUGCCUCGACCAGAUUGAACAGGACGAGUCAAAAUUGCCUUCUGGUCCUUGCUCCAGCUCUGACUGGACUUGCAUUUGCACAAAGCAGGUUGGGCUCCAGGACUGCUACCAAAAGUGCAGGGGUCUUCAGCCUGUCGAUGAUGUCAAUUUCAACAAGGGCAAUUGCUUCAACCAGCACGGCGUCGACAUGUCUGCGCUGACCUACAGCUGGAGUCAGCUUCCCUUUGCUGUCGAUUCCGGUGCCAGUCGAAACCAAGACACCUCCUCAGGAGGUACUCCGAGCAAUAGCAACGCAUCUGGCAGCACUUCCUCAGUGUCGUCGUCCACGUCUUUGCCCUCCUCCACCGCACCGACUAGCUCUUCAAUCUCGUCGAAUAAUGCCUCUGCCGCCACCAGCAGUCCAGCCGCGAGCCGUACUAACACGUCGGACUCGACUGUGUCAAACCUUCUCCCUGACUCCCACUCUGUUCUUGGCCUCACUUCGGUCUUGGGCGCUCUCCUUCUUGGCACUGCUGUGCUGUAGUCUAUCUCGUCGACUCUCUUUAAUCUAACUGCACUGUGUCCUCUUCUCAUCAAUGAUCAUGUAGCCCUUGUUAACCAAGCAUCUCUUCAAAGUCCGUUGAAGAAUCGUCGUAUCGUUUUCUCGAUUUACCCCCACGUUCGUUCUUCAUGUCUUGUUGCUCCAAAUUUAUCGAUAUAG